AUGAGAAUUUUUAUUAUUAUUAUUUUAUUUGUUAUUAUAUUGAAUAUUUAUUGUCAACAAGUUGAAGAUAUUGUACAAUGUAAUGAAAUUAAGAUUAACCAUGAAAAAUUACAACAAAUGUCCAUCAAUGAACAAGAAGAAUUUGCUAAAUCAAUUUUAAAUGAAUAUGAUAAAAAUUUAACAAGUCUUACUUAUAUAUCAACAUCAGCUGAAUUUCAAAGACGUUUACAUUUGAAUGAUUCAAGUAAGAAAAAUAUAACGGAUAAAUAUUAUGAACUUAAUCGUGUCUGUCUAAAAACAAUUGCUCUCGUUGCACGACAUCUUCGAUCUUCGAUAAAUAUUCAUAAUGCAUCAUUACGUUGGUUAUUAUUGCGAGCACAAACUAUUGGCGAUACUGUAGAAAAUAAUACAGUUAUGCAAUCUGAAAUACAAAGACUAGGGUCUCGUGUUAAAGAAAUUUAUCAUCGAAAAUUUAUUUGGAAUAAUACACAAUUAGGCAUUGAUGAGGUAUCAGACAUACUUGGUACUCUUGAAUCUCCUGAUGAUCUUCUUUCGUUAUGGAAUGCAACUAAUGAAGUAGCUAGACCUAUGAGAGAUUACUAUUCAAAAUUAGUUGCUGCACAAAAUCAACAGGCCAAACAGAAACGUUUAAAUGAUAAAACUAACCUUGUAACAAAUAAUGAAGAACGUCGUAUUGUUGAGCAAUUAUGGCAAGAAUUAAAACCAUUACAUCGUCUGUUACAUGCUUACAUAAGACAAAAAAUGAGUAAAUUCUAUCCGGACCUUAUCAAAUUUGAUCAACCGAUUCCAAUUCAUUUAACAAAAAAUGUAUUUGGUUCCAUAUUGACUUAUCUUGUAAAAGAUGUUCUACCAUUUCCACAUCGUAAAGAAAUUGAUAUAGGUCCAGCAAUGCAACGAAAAAAUCUUGCUGAAGAAAAUAUUUUUCAAUAUGCUGAUAGAUUUUUUGUUUCAUUAAAUUUAACACAAGUUCCAGAUAGUUUUUGGAAUUUAUCAAUAUUUAAAAAAAUUCCUGGUCGUCAUAUGUAUUGUCAUCCGAGUGCUUUUAAUAUGUAUAAAUAUGAUGAUGUUAGAAUACUUGCGUGUACAAGUUUAACAUCACUUGGUUUUUAUAUUGCUCAUCAUGAAAUGGGUCAUAUUCAAUAUUCUUUACAAUAUAAAUCUUUACCAAUAUGGUUUCGUACUUCUCCACAUGGUGCAUUUGGCGAAGCUAUUGGUGAUACAAUUGCAUUAGCUGCAAUGUCACCAACACAUUUAAAACGUAUUGGUUUAUUGGAAAAUGAUGCAUGGUCUAAAGAGGAUAAUAUAAACUUUCUAGUGUCACAAGGUUUAAGUCGUCUAUUUUUACCACCUUAUGCAUAUGCACUUGAUAUUUGGCGUUGGUCAGUUUAUAAUAGAUCAAUACAACCAUUUGAAUACAAUAAACGCUAUUGGGAUCUUAUUUGUCAAUAUCAAGGUAUGAAACCAAUAAAAUCUCGUGAUGAACGAUAUUUUGAUGCUGGUACUAAAGUUCAUGUUGCUUAUGAUGUACCAUAUAUCAAAUAUUUUCUUGCACAUGUUUUUCAAUUUCAAAUAUUUGAGGUUUUAUGUCAAGAAGCUGGUCAUCAAGGACCAUUACAUUUAUGUAAUUUGUAUGGUUCAGUUGCUGCUGGAAACAAACUUAAAAUAUUACUUGAACCUGGUGCAUCAAAAUCUUGGCAGAAUAUAUUAGAAGAAUUUGCUGGUGUAAGAACAUUUUCUGCUAAAUCAUGUUUAAGAUAUUUUCAACCACUUCAAGAUUAUCUUGAAGAAUUAGUUCAACAAGGUGAAUUAAAUGUUGGAUGGACAUGUAAUACGAAUGUUGAUAAAAAAAUUUCAAAACUACAAUUACUUUAUGAACAAAUUUUGUAA